AUGAGUGAAGGAUCAAUGCGCAAGCGCAAGAAGGCUGUUAAAGCAUGUGUUUACUGUAGGAGAUCGCACAUGAUCUGCAAUGAUAAAAGGCCCUGUUCAAGAUGCGUGAAAAGAGAUAUCGCACAUUUAUGCCACGACGAAGAUCAGAAAACUCAGCUUGAAGUUCCAGGUUUUAAUGAUUAUUUGGACGGAGUUCCAUCGGAAAGCGCGCCGAAGGAAUUGAUUGCCACAGGUAGUAAAAGGUCCAGUUUCCUUGCCCAGCAUCCUACGUUUGUCUCUGAACAUGUGGGCUCGGAGUUUUCGUCACUUAACGAAUUUUUAACCAUGCUCGAAGAUCCCUUGGUAUUGGACACUGCCGAGUCGUUUAAGGCCAAAAACGUUGUGAAUGAGACCAAAGAAGGCCAUGAUCAGCCUACGUUGAAAGAGAAUUUUUUUUUGACGGCCGCUGACCCAUCAACUGAGAUGACACCGGAAGAUAGGCUUAAAUCUGUUAUCAAUGCGAAACUGGAAGCAGGCCUUCUUCAGCCGUACAACUACGCGCAGGGUUAUGCUCGUUUGCAGACUUAUAUGGACAAAUUCAUGAACGCCUCAUCGAAACAGCGAAUCUUAAAGCCGUUAUCUAUCAUCCGGCCGGAGUUUCGAGCGAUUGCCAGAUCAUUGAAAGACGUGGAUCUUGUCCUCGUCGAAGAGAGCUUCGAGCGUAUGCUUCUUUCGUACGAUCGAGUCUUCACGUCCAUGAGCAUGCCUGCGUGUCUAUGGAGACGAACAGGUGAAAUUUACCGUGGUAACAAAGAGUUUGCAUCACUUGUGGAUUGCAAAGUAGACGAUCUACGUGAUGGGAAGUUGGCUAUUUACGAAUUAAUGACGGAGGAAAGUGCAGUGAAUUUUUGGGAAAAAUACGGCUCGAUUGCAUUUGAUAAAGGUCAAAAGGCAGUUUUGACCAGCUGCAAUUUGCGUACACGAGACGGCUUGAAAAAAAGGCCAUGCUGUUUCAGUUUCACGAUACGCAGGGACCGUUACAACAUACCCAUAUGCAUUGUUGGUAAUUUUAUACCAAUACCUUGA